AUGGUAGCAUCAACAAUUAAUGGGAAGAUUAUAGGAUUCCUUCAAAUAAACAACUCAAUUGGCUGCAUAUCAUGCAGGAAAAAAGUUGUUCCGAACAAAGACAGUGAAGACCUUGGACAAUGCAAAGAUUGUAAACUAACUCAAAUCAUUUUAUCUUGUGGAACACAGUGGUAUAUGCGCAUACUGGUACAAUCCUCCACAAAUCCAAGUGAACAGCACAGACUAACUCUUUACCACCAACAAAUUCAAGAACUUAUAACUCACAUGAAGUUGGAUUUGAACUUGAACAGUGUCAGUAAAACAGACAUGACACUUGCAAUAUUGAAAGAAAGCAAAGCCAUGAACAUAACUUACAACUCGCAUUCAAACAAAGUGCAAACAAUUAGUUAA